AUGCGCUCGAUAGACACUACGUGGGUUCCGACGGCACGGCAUGUCCUGUACUCGCUCCUGGCGACGUCCGCGACCGUACUCUUCCUCCUCGCGACCACCCUGCUCGCCUAUGAGCUCAAAUGGACCGUCGGAUACAACAAGCCGGUGCCCGCUCUCCUCACCUGCUCACUCCUCACCGUCGCACACUGCGCCUGGUUCCUCCGCCCGAUCGAUGCGAACGCCUCGACAAAGCGACGACGUCUCGCCAGUCUGCAGCUCGAGCUGGUCUCGCUCGCCGGAUUUGCGCUCUUCACCCUCGCCUGCGUUUCCCGCCUGCACGCCUCGACGCCUGGCCUGUUGAGCUCUUGCGGCGUGCACUUCAUUUGCAGUGCGCUGCAAGGCUGUCUCUCGCUCGGGUGGCUGUCCUUCCUCUUCCUCGCCCUCCUCUUCGCCCUCCUCCUCCUCUGCGCCCUCUACCAUCGCCGCCGCAACCCACACUUUACCCUCUUCCGCGAACCCUUCGUCGCCUACGACUGGGCGAUCUACUCGCGUCAUUCGGCGGGAGGGAUCUUGGGUCCGGGUCCAGACCUGGCGCAGGUUGGGCGGUCGAAUGGCUAG